GUACAACCGUUUGUACAUCAACUUCACUCUGAGGCGCCACAUCUUCUUCUUCCUGCUGCAGACCUACUUCCCUGCCACUCUGAUGGUCAUGCUGUCCUGGGUGUCCUUCUGGAUCGACCGCAGGGCCGUCCCUGCCAGAGUCUCGUUAGGUAUCACCACGGUGCUCACCAUGUCCACCAUCAUCACUGGAGUCAACGCCUCCAUGCCCAGGGUGUCCUACAUCAAAGCCGUGGACAUUUACCUCUGGGUCAGUUUUGUUUUUGUUUUCCUCUCUGUGCUCGAGUACGCUGCCGUCAACUACCUGACCACGGUGAGGGACGGCGAGGACCGGAGGCUCCGAGAAAAAGUGAAAGAACAGUCCCAGAAUCUGCCCUGUGAUUGUGGCAUGCCUCAGAGCAAGACCAUGAUGCUGGACGAGACCUACGAGGCCGACGCCAGCAGCCUGGCCGGGUACAUCAGAACCUCCAAGGUGUCGGAGGACGAGUCAGACAAACAGGAGCAGAUGGUGGUGCGUUUAGCUUUGGACAGUGAGUUCUCGGGGAUAACUAAGAAGAAUCGUUUUCACCGAUUCUGCAUCAUCCAGAACACCCACACCAUCGACACGUUAUCUCGUGUGAUCUUCCCAGGCGCCUACACCCUUUUUAACCUGAUUUACUGGUGUGUGUACUGCUGAAUGUGUGUGUCUGAUCAUCACCCGCACCACAAAGACACAAACACUUCCUGGAUUUAAGGAAACUGAGUCAGGUUUGGCAACAUGGCUCCAGAAUCCACCGUCUGUGAAUAUGUCCGCCUGACUCAGGACCUCCUGUAGAGAAUAGAGAGAUUCUCCUUCCAGCAUCAGAAACUGAAGUUCUUCAUCUUCUGAGCUGCUUCCACUCUGCUGCUGGCUGUGGGCUGCCGUCUGUAAAGUUACACAGUCAAAAAUUACCACCGAUAUUUGUG